AUGGGUACUUACCUAAUCUAUGAGAAGGAGACUGUUGCCCUCAUUAUCCAAAUGUGCCUAUUCACAUUCUUUUGCUUUGUUAUAUUCUUCCAGAUCAGACAUUAUGAAAGUAACUCAAAGAAGAAGACAUUCUUGACAACAUUUUCAAUGAUUGCCGGAUGCGCCAUGAUAUCAUUUGUUGUGGCCGGAUUCAUAUAUUUGGCAUUCGUGGACAUUAAUGGAGCAUUGGGAAUGGAGAUCUUUGUUUCUGUUCUGGCCACUUUGUUCAUGGCAGCAGGAUUCUUCCCACAACUCUUGGUGGUCUAUCGUUCAAAGUCACCACAAGGUCUUAGCAAGCUAUUCAUUGUAAUGGAUAUGUUUGGAGGUAUCUUUGCAAUUAUCAGUCUAUGUUUCCGAGAGCCAUUCGAAUACCUUGCCUUCAUGACAUACGUUGUGGUGCCAAUCUUCCAGGCGAUUCAAUUGGCUCUGGUACUAUACUAUGAGAGCAAACAACCAAAGUACAAGAACUGUGAGGAGGAAGGAUCUUUGGAGAUGGGACAACGUGGAUUGGAUGAGAAGGCAGACAUUUCAGCACCGGGCGAUCAAUCUUCAGGAUCCGCCUUUCUCCAGAAUGACGUUGGACUCGAUUCGGCCGAGGGAGGAGAUAGUCUUGCGACCAAUCCAUUCCUCAAUCCAGCACUCUACAAACCAUUAUCAUCUUCUGAUGAGGCAAUCGAUGAUCCUUCCGACCCAACAGCAGUCCCCAAUCUUAUUCGAUCAUCUUAUAUUCUCUCUCACAAUAUGCCAAUGGAACAAGAGUUUGAUCAUAUUGUGCCCAGUUCAGAGACUGACCUCGAGCAAUCAUACAAGAAACAGGCAAUAGUACUCAAUCAAACCUCGGCAUUGUUUGAGUGUCCUCAAGAGAUAGCUCGUUAA